CCGUUGAUUUUGGGUUUUAUCGGAACGGUUAAACGAUGAAAAUUCUGGUGACUCGUCGAACAUGAGAUGAGUUUCUUCAAAGGGCUCAUCGACUCUUUGGCCUCGCUUGUCUUGUCCAAUUCGUCAGCUCCCCAUGACUCCCAACAAAACCCUAACUCUUCCAUUAAUCAAACCAUGGACGGCUUCGCUGGGACAUCGGUUUCGAACGAUAGGACUGCGUAUAAGAUCAAAGGGUACUUCGAUUUGGCCAAAGAAUUGAUCGAUAAGGCCGUUAGGGCCGAAGAGUGGGGUCUGUAUGAUGAUGCGGUUGCCCAUUAUCAGAACGCUCAGCGCAUACUGAUUGAGGCCACUUCCACCACCGUACCUUCAUACAUCAGCUCUAGUGAACAAGAGAAGGUGAAAUCUUAUUGGCAGAAGAUAUCAAAAUGGCAGGGCCAAGUUUCAGAGAGACUUCAAGCUUUAAGUUGGCGAACAGGUGGCGCAGCCAGAAAUAAGAGUAUCAAAGCCCAUGGACAAGCUGCAGCAAUUCCAUCAACGGUGACAAGUGCUAGAAAAAAUGCAUUGCGGAAGUCUCCUGGUUCUUGUAGUUUUGGUUCGGUUGUGAGAAAUCAGACUGAUAAAGUUGUAAGCUCAAAACCCAUACGACAAUCUGGUACUGGCUAUGAUGCAAAAUUGGUUGAAAUGAUAAACUCUGUGGUAGUGGAUAGACGUCCUUCCGUUAAAUGGGAUGAUAUUGCUGGCCUUGAAAAGGCAAAACAAGCUUUGCUUGAAAUGGUAAUUCUACCAACUAAGAGAAGAGACCUGUUUACUGGCCUUCGUAGACCAGCUAGAGGUUUGCUUCUUUUUGGUCCACCUGGUACUGGGAAGACCAUGCUUGCCAAAGCAGUUGCUUCAGAGUCAGAUGCAACGUUUUUUAAUGUUUCUGCUUCUUCUCUAACAUCAAAAUGGGUGGGAGAGGGUGAAAAGCUUGUUCGGACUCUUUUCAUGGUUGCUAUAUCCAGGCAGCCAUCUGUAAUAUUUAUUGAUGAAAUCGAUAGUAUCAUGUCUACAAGGUUGGCUAAUGAGAAUGAUGCAAGCAGAAGGUUAAAAUCGGAGUUCCUAGUUCAGUUUGAUGGGGUUACUUCAGAUUCUGAUGAUUUAGUAAUUGUAAUUGGUGCAACUAAUAAGCCACAAGAAUUGGAUGAUGCGGUUCUUCGGAGAUUGGUAAAGAGAAUAUACAUUCCUCUACCGGAUACACAUGUUAGGAGACUUUUUCUGAAACACAAACUCAAGGGCAGAGCUUUUUCCUUACCUGGUGGAGAUCUAGAAAGACUCGUUGAGAAGACAAAUGGAUAUUCUGGAAGUGAUCUACAAGCCUUAUGUGAAGAAGCUGCAAUGAUGCCAAUCAGGGAGCUUGGUGCAAACAUUUUCACAGUCAACGCGAAACAGGUAAGGCCAUUAAGAUAUGAAGAUUUUCAGGAGGCAACGACUGUUAUUAGACCCAGCCUGCAGAAAAGCAAGUGGGAGGAGCUUGAACAGUGGAACCAGGAGUUCGGCUCUAAUUAAUUCCCUUAAGGCUGUAAAAUGUACAAAAUAUGACAUGAUUUAAAGCGAAACUUGUAUGAUUUGGCUGCCGAAAGCAAGAAUGAUAGAACACAACGCCAGUGGCAGAAUGGUAAAGCGGCAUGUAUCUCUGAUUCAACAUAUAAAUGGCACACCUCAGACCCUGGUGUCUUCUCCGAAAGUAUAAGUUUUCUUGCUCACGUACGAUUAUGAUAUUGAAUAUUAUGUUUGUAACAAGUAGAAGCUCUAGGAUGUGUUUGUAUGGGUCAGUGUUGGUCUGGUGGGUUUUGUUACCUUUGUAUAGACAGAAAUUUGAAGAAUUAUAGCAGAAGAAGAAGAUAUUGAUGAUAGCCAA